GUCAUUUUCAAUCCUCAUCUUCUCCCGCUUCUACAUCUGUUUUCAACGUUUUUUUUUUGGUCACCAAUAUCACGAAAAUGCUCGUCCAACAUCCCCACGAUAUAAGACUUCCCACCUUCUCCAAGCCGGAGAUCAAAGUCUCAGUCUCGGAAUCUCAAUCACCAAAGAGUAUUGCUCAAGCAUGGCUUGACAAGUUUUCCUUCGUUCUUGCCAGCGGCGAUGUCUCCCGCAUCGCCAGUGUAGUGCAUGAAGAUAGCUGGUGGCGCGACUUCCUAACUCUUACUUGGGACUUUCACACUAUCCGUGGGGUACAGAAGAUGACCGAAUUUCUCUUGACGAAUAUAGAGGGGGCGCAGUUUUCGGGUCUCAAGCUGCAAGAAAAUGGGCAAUUUGCUCCGAGUCUUCAGACACCUAUUGAUGGCCUGGAUUGGGUAGAGUCAAUGUUCCACUUUGAGACAAAAUUUGGCAGGGGGAAGGGGAUGCUGAGGCUGGCGCAGGGUGGUGAUGGCGCUUGGAAAGCUCAUUUCAUCUAUACUGCGCUUCAAGAACUGAAGGGGAACGAGGAAUUUGUUGGUGCACGGAGACCUCAUGGCGGUAACAACUCUUUGGAAGGAGGUGCGAUCAAGGGAAAUUGGCUAGACCGAAGAGAAAGGAGGAAGGACUUUAUUGAUGAAGACCCCACUGUCUUCAUUGUUGGUGCUGGACAAUCUGGCCUCAACAUGGGCGCUCGACUCCAAGCUCUCGGAAUAUCCUGCCUCCUUGUCGACAAGAACGCGCGCAUUGGCGACAAUUGGCGAAACCGGUAUCGCACACUGGUAACACACGAUCCCGUCCAAUACACACAUAUGGCUUACCUCCCCUUCCCAUCAAACUGGCCACUCUUUACACCGAAAGACAAGCUAGGUGACUGGUUCGAGGCUUACGCAAGCCUGAUGGAGCUAAACGUCUGGGUCUCAACUACCAUCACCAAAGCAACAUAUUCCGAUGUCGAAAAGAAAUGGAACAUGACAGUCAAGCGGGGUGAUGGAACCGAGCGGACUUUGCAUCCGAAGCAUGUCAUAUUUUGCACUGGACAUGCCGGGGAGCCCAAGAUCCCAACCUUCCCAGGCCAGGACACAUUCAAGGGAACUAUAUACCAUGGAUCACAGCAUAAGGACGCUUCAAUCUACAAAGGCGACCUUAGCGGGAAGAAAGUCGUCGUCGUCGGGACAGGCAAUAGCGGCCACGAUAUCGCGCAAAACUAUUAUGAAGCCGGUGCCGGGCCGGUAACUAUGCUGCAGCGUCGCGGCACAUACGUUAUUCAAGCUUCCAAAGGGCUAUUCAUGCUGCACGAGGGUCUUUACGAUGAGACAGGCCCACCAACCGAGGAUGCAGAUAUUUACAGCCAGAGUCUACCUAUCCCCGUCCAGUUCGCCCUCAACGUAGACGGAACGAAACACAUUGCGGAAGUCGAGAAAGAGAACCUCGAAGGUCUUACGAAAGCUGGUUUCAAGAUCGAUUUCGGCCACGACGGCUCUGGCAUCUACCGCAAAUACAUCACACGUGGCGGAGGCUAUUACAUCGAUGUUGGGUGCUCUCAGCUCAUCAUCGACGGCAAGGUAAAGGUGGAGCAGUCUCCCGAAGGCAUAAAAGGUUUCGAGCCAAACGCGCUCGUGCUCGCUGACGGAAGGAAGUUAGAUGCUGAUAUCGUGGUUCUUGCUACUGGAUACGACAACAUGCGCACCAGUGUCCAAAAGGCACUUGGAGAUGAGGUAGCUAGCCGGUGCAAGGAUGUCUGGGAUUUGGACGAUGAAGGUGAGGUAAACGCUAUGUGGCGGCCUUCUGGACAUCCGCGCCUAUGGUUCUUUGGGGGCAGCUUGGCGUUGUGUAGGAUUUAUUCGAGAUUUCUAGCACUUCAGAUCAAGGCUAUUGAGGAAGGUUUGAGCUCACCAUAA